AUGUGCCUGGUAGUUGGUAGGAAUUUCACUUUUGUCUUUUUUUGUUUAUUAUAGAUUCGAAAUUAAAUCUGAGAUCUGAAUCUGAGACAAUGGACCUACAGAAUUAUUCCUUGGUGUCAGAAUUUGUGUUGCAUGGACUCUGCAGUUCACGACAUCUCCAAUAUUUCUUCUUUAUAUUCUUCUCUGGACUUUAUGUGGCCAUUAUGUUAGGGAAUCUCCUCAUUGUGGCCACUGUCAUUUCUAACUCCCGCUUGUACUCUUCCCCCAUGUACUUCCUGCUGGGGAACCUAUCUUUUCUAGAUAUGUGGUUGGCCUCAUUUGCCACCCCUAAGAUGAUCCGAGACUUCCUUAGUGAUCGGAAGCUCAUCUCCUUUGGGGGGUGUAUGGCUCAGAUCUUCUUCUUGCACUUUAUUGGUGGUGCUGAGAUGGUGUUGCUAGUUUCCAUGGCCUAUGACAGGUAUGUGGCAAUAUGCAAACCUUUGCAUUAUAUGACCAUGAUGAGCCAUCGUACUUGCAUUGGACUUGUAUUGGUUUCGUGGGCCAUUGGAUUUGUGCACUCCAUCAGCCAAAUAGCCUUUACUGUGAAUUUACCCUACUGUGGCCCCAAUGAGGUGGACAGCUUCUUCUGUGACCUCCCUCUGGUGAUUAAGCUUGCCUGUAUGGACACCUAUGUCUUGGGAAUACUUAUGAUCUCAGACAGUGGAUUACUUUCCAUGAGCUGUUUCCUGCUCUUAAUGAUUUCCUACGCUGUGAUCCUCAUCACUGUCCGGCAGCGUUCAGCAGGAGGAGUAUGCAAAGCGCUUUCUACUUGCUCUUCGCACGUUAUGGUGGUCACACUCUUUUUUGGACCCUGCAUUUUCAUUUACCUUUGGCCUUUCAGUAGGUUCUCUGUGGAUAAACUUCUGUCUGUGUUUUACACCAUUUUUACACCACUCUUAAAUCCACUAAUUUACACAUUGAGAAAUGAGGAAAUGAAAGCAGCUAUGAAGAAACUGCGGAAUCAAUGUUUGGCUUUUCACUGA